GUGUGGAUCCGUUUUAGACUAGCGAGCGAGCCGCCAUGGACCGGGACCUGACCCUGAACCGGGCCGAGACCUUCUCCUUCAUCAACCCCUGGAUACGCUACUUCCUCUUCUUCUUCAGCUUCCUCUUCUGGGUGUUCUCCCUGCUCAUAGUGGCUAUUGGAGUCUAUGCUAAAGUGCAGAAAGCUACAGACACGGUGCGAGACACCUUCCUGAUCGACCCGGCCGUCAUCCUGAUCGUGGUCGGCGUGGUGAUGUUCUUCAUCACCUUCUGCGGCUGCAUCGGGGCGCUGCGAGAGAACAUACGCCUGCUGAAGAUCUUCUCGCUCAGCCUUACUUUGGUGUUCCUCACUCAGCUGGCCAUAGCUGUGCUCGGCUUCUUCUACUCUGACCAGACUCGCGAUGCUCUUGGGAAGUUUGUGAAGAAAGCCAUCGUACACUACAGGGACGACCUGGACCUGCAGAACCUCAUGGACUACAUCCAGAAAGAGUUCAAGUGCUGUGGCUGGAACAACUACACGGACUGGUCCUGGAACCUGUAUUUCAACUGCACCCAUAGCAACCCAAGUAACGAGCGAUGCGCAGUGCCCUACUCCUGCUGCACACCUGUGCCCGAAGAGGCAGUGAUCAACACCAUGUGUGGCUUCGGGGCGCAGACCCAGAAGCACCUGGAGGCCAGUGCGUCUGUGUAUGCGGUGGGCUGUGCCGAGCGGGCGGUCAUGUGGAUCGAGACCCAUCUGCUGCUGGUGGGCUCGCUGGCCCUGGGCUUCGCUCUGCCACAGAUUGCUGGAAUUGUGCUUUCUCAGAUCCUCAUCUCCCAGAUACAGAAUGAGAUCAGCUCAUUCAUAUGAUGCAGAACCCUUAAGGACAAAAGCAGCACUCACAAGGAUGAUAUUCAGGGCAGUUACAGGCACGGUAUUCUGGUUUCAAACAGAAUAUUGACAGCAUUUUUUUCUGAAGUCCAUAACACUCCAUUUAUACAGAGACUCUAUAAGUAUAUACCGAUCCAGUCUCUCUGAUUUACAUGCAUGGAGCAACAUUCUGCAAUCUGAAUAUUCCGGAGCAUGGCCACACAUAAAGAGUUCAUGCACAAACCGAAUACUGCUACCAUUCUGUUUAAAACCGGAGUACUGUCAUGUAACUGCGCCCAACUAGAUUAGGAGAAGACUUGUGUUACAGGAACUUGAAGACCCAGUCAUUACACUGGGACUUCAAAAACUGUUGAAGAACAAACUCAACAUACAACACAGACCAAACGAUCAGCGGGCAUACUGCUAAUUAUUUAUUGGAACAUUUGUGAAUAUUCAACAAGUUUAUGAUAAACACUUUUUUCCCACUUUUUUAUUUGUCAGUUUAUGUUCAUUUGGUAAUAAAGAAUGUUUAAUGUUUUAAAAGUCUCAGCUGUACACUGUCUCUUCUUGAGAGCUAUGCUGGAAUGUGUGAAUUGUUUAUCUCAUCCAAUUAUACACUCAGUACCACAUUUAACAUGAUGGAGAAGACGCUUUAUCUUUUGAAUGUGUUUGAACAGCUGCUUAGAGCUGACAUGCAAUUAAAGGUCUAGCCGUCAUCACCACAGUUUGAAGAGUAGAAGACGUGUUCACUUUCUAGGAAAAUGUACAAAAUGUUGGCUCAAUAUUACAGGCAAUUAACUCGAAUCCAUUGUUAAAAUUCAGUCUAACAUGCAAUUUGUCUCUUCACAUUAUAUGGUAAUACAAAACAUGCUUUAUACAGUAUUUCUUACAUUAUCAUGUCAACUGAGAUGAAGUGAAC